UUUUUGGAAGCGCAAUACCACAGCAGGACACAUCGUUGUUUGUCUUGUUACAGGAUCCGUCCACAACCCCACUAUCUCUGAACCAGAUCAUACAGGUAUUCAAUAACAUUGAUUCCAAUGUUACCUGUUGUGGUAGUCCAUGGUGGUGCGGGUCAUAUCCCCAAGGACCGAGCUGAGAUCUCCUACGUCGGGGUAAAGGAGGCCGCAAGGGCGGCUUAUAGCAUUCUCCGGUCAGGGGGCAGUGCCAUGGAUGCUGUGGUAGAGGCUGUCGCCAUGUUGGAGAACAACCCAGUAUAUAAUGCAGGUCGAGGGUCAGUGCUGAACGUGAAGGGGGAAGUGGAGAUGGACGCUCUGGUGAUGGAUGGACGUACUCUGGCCAGCGGGGCUGUGUCUGCUGUUAGGAGAGUAGCAAACCCAAUCCGGCUGGCACGCCUGGUCAUGGAGAAGACUAGUCACUUAUGUUUGACCGCUGAGGGGGCCUCCCAGUUUGCCAGGACCAUGGGUGUCCCUGAAGUGCCUGAAGAGUCAAUGAUCACUGACUAUGCCAGGAUGCGCUGGAAGAAGAACUUGGACCCAGACACCAACCCUAUGGAGUGCCAGACGGGCAAGAUGGGCACCGUAGGGGCUGUAGCUGUGGAUCUGGAAGGGAAUGUGGCCUGUGCUACCUCCACAGGAGGCAUGACUAACAAAAUGGAGGGACGUGUGGGAGACACGCCUUGUGUUGGCUGUGGAGGCUAUGCAGAUAACCAUAUUGGAGCUGUGUCAUCCACUGGCCAUGGAGAAACCAUCAUGAAGGUCACUCUGUCCAGACUCAUUCUCUUCCACAUGGAGCAAGGAAAAAGCCCAGAGGAGGCAAGUGACGAGGCCCUGGCCUACAUGAAGGAGAGGGUGCACGGUCUGGGCGGAGUGGUGGUCGUGGACCCCAAAGGGGUCUGGUCAGCUCACUUCAGCAGCCUACAGAUGUCAUGGGCUGCAGCCCAGCAAGAGCAGCUUCACUAUGGCCUGUACCACGGGGAGGACUUCACUGAGCCAGUGUAGCAGAUGUUCCAUGCAUACUCACACACACCACACUGAUGAACUGAUGAUAAUCUAAUGACAUGUGCACACUACCACAAAGGGAGGCAUGAUAUCUAAUUGAUAUCUACUUGUGAUACUGUUUUAUUACAUUAUUUUCAAAAGUGGGAACAAUUACUUUAAGCUAUAGAUACAGUAGACGUUGUUCAAGCACACAUACCAAUCAUUAUUAAAACCUAACUGGCAAAUAAAGUGGGAGUAAUUAUCCCUGAGCAGUAAAAUGUAAAAACAAAAAUGACAACAAAAUGUAAUGUAAUUUUGUCAUAAAAGACCUGGUAUUGUAAUUGUGUUAUGCACUGUACAACUUGGAUUUCAAAAGUUAAACCAAUAAUCACUCCUUCAACCCUCAUGACACCUUACACUGUUUUACUGCUGAUACCGUUUGUUCUCCACUAGAUGGAGAUAAAUAGCCACUGUGAUCAGGAAUUGAAAUUGGUUUACUGUUAAAAUAUGAUGAUAUAUCUUUUAUACACCAUGGAACCUCAAAAAUAAAGUCCUGUUUGCAAAGCAGAA